CGCCCUGCAUCCAUUUUCAGGCUAUGCCUAGCCCUCUCUUCGGUGUCAACGGUCCGAAACACGGGAGAAUGGGGAGUAAUGGGCGUGAAACCGCGGUGAUGGCUGUUGUAUAUAAGGCCAUCCACAGCCCGGCGUCCCCAUCUGGAUUCCCCGUUGCCUGGAACCAUUCUUUUCUAGCUUUCUUCAUCCACCAUCUGAUACCCUUUUCCUUCUAGCUGUCUACAUCUAUCUCUUGUGGCUAUACUGUUGCCCCCCACCCCCAACGUCGGGUACCACCAGAAACUUGGCCAUCAUGUCUCUUCCCAGUGACUUUAAGUGGGGCUUCGCAACUGCUGCGUACCAGAUCGAAGGCGCUGUCAACGAAGAUGGCCGCGGCCCGUCCAUCUGGGACACGUUUUGCGCUAUUCCCGGCAAGAUUGCCGACGGUAGCUCGGGCGCUGUGGCCUGUGAUUCGUACCAUAGAACCAAGGAGGACAUUGACCUCCUCAAGUCGCUAGGCGCUACCGCCUACCGCUUCUCCCUCUCGUGGUCGCGCAUUAUCCCCCUUGGCGGCCGCAACGACCCCGUCAACCAGAAAGGGCUGGACCACUACGUCAAGUUCGUCGAUGAUCUGCUUGAGGCGGGCAUCGAGCCCUUCAUCACCCUGUUCCAUUGGGACCUGCCCGAUGCGCUGGACAAGCGCUACGGCGGGCUCUUGAACAAGGAGGAGUUCUCCGCAGACUUUGAGAACUACGCCCGCAUCUGCUUCAAGGCCAUCCCCAAGUGCAAGCACUGGAUCACCUUCAAUGAGCCGUGGUGCUCGUCUAUCCUAGGCUACAACACGGGCUACUUCGCUCCGGGCCACACAUCGGACCGCAGCAAGUCACCGGUUGGCGACAGUGCGCGCGAGCCGUGGAUCGUCGGCCACAACUUCCUCAUUGCGCACGGAAAGGCUGUCAAAGCCUACCGCGAGGACUUCAAGCCGACCCAGGGCGGCGAGAUCGGCAUCACGCUCAACGGUGACGCCACGCUCCCGUGGGAUCCCGAGGAUCCUGCUGAUGUCGAGGCGUGUGAUCGCAAGAUCGAGUUCGCCAUCAGCUGGUUCGCCGACCCUAUCUACUUUGGCAAGUACCCCGAUUCGAUGCGCAAGCAGCUUGGCGACCGUUUGCCGACCUUCACCCCCGAGGAGGUUGCUCUCGUCAAGGGCUCCAAUGACUUUUACGGCAUGAACCACUACACUGCCAACUACAUCAAGCACAAGAAGGGUGUGCCGCCCGAGGACGACUUCCUGGGCAACCUCGAGACGCUCUUCUACAACAAGAACGGCGACUGCAUCGGGCCCGAGACGCAGUCGUUCUGGCUGCGGCCGCACGCCCAGGGUUUCCGGGACCUGCUGAACUGGCUCAGCAAGCGGUACGGAUACCCCAAGAUCUACGUGACCGAGAACGGCACGUCGCUCAAGGGCGAGAACGACAUGUCGCUCGAACAGAUUGUCGAGGACGACUUCCGUGUGAAGUACUUUGACGACUAUGUCCGCGCCAUGGCCAAGGCGUACGAGGAGGACGGCGUUAACGUCAGGGGCUACCUCGCCUGGUCGCUCAUGGACAACUUCGAGUGGGCCGAGGGCUACGAGACGCGAUUUGGUGUGACGUAUGUCGACUAUGCAAAUGACCAGAAGCGCUACCCCAAGAAGAGCGCCAAGAGCCUCAAGCCGUUGUUUGACAGCUUGAUCAAGAAGGAGUAGUGUGUGGCUGUUACGGAAGCGUUUCCAGGUGUCUCCUUUUGCCGUUUUUAUCGCCAGUGUCUUUUCUCUUUGGUUGGAUGAGGGCGUGUUCGAGGGCCUGUGUGGACUGAUUUCUGUCAUGAUCGUUAGGUAUGAAUGGCGUGAA